AUGGAUCCCUCCGGGACAUAUGCAAAUUGCCAAGUAGCCCGACAAUCCUCGCAAGGAUUCUCUCACGAAUGCCAACAGGGUAUUUCGCACUCCGCCAAAGAUGAUCUCGAAUCGACAUUUUCCGCCAAAAACCAAAAAGGAUGGAGAAGAGUGGUGUUGAAUUUCACGCCCUCAUGGUUCGCAGCCAUCAUGGGCACAGGUAUCGCAUCAAUCCUUCUUCACAACCUGCCCUACAACGGCGACUGGCUGUAUUGGUUGUCCGUCAUCAUCUUCUGUCUCAAUAUCGGACUAUUUUGCAUUUUCCUGUUCAUCUCCAUCCUUCGAUACACCAUGUUCCGCGGCCUAUUUAUGGCCAUGAUUCGACAUCCCGUUCAGUCUCUCUUCGUCGGCACGUUCCCUAUGGGCCUGGCCACUAUCGUCAAUAUGGUUGUCUCCGUGUGUGUUCCGACGUGGCGCAGCUGGGCUACCACUCUCGCGUGGACGCUGUGGUGGAUCGAUGUCGUGAUAUCGGUGGCUACUUGCAUGUGGCUUCCAUUUGUGAUCAUGCACAUUCAUAAGAGCGAACUGUCAAAGAUGACGGCCGCAUGGUUGCUGCCUAUCGUGGCUACCAUUGUCGCCGCCGCGUCAGGUGGAAUCGUUGCUGAAGUAUUACCGAACCCACAGCAUGCCGUGUGGACAGUCAUCAUAUCCUACGUCCUCUGGGGCACAGGCUUCCCGCUGGCCAUGGUCGUCUUGGUCAUGUACUUCCACCGACUGACCAUUCACCGACUUCCGCCUCGAGAAGUCAUCGUUUCAGUGUUCCUUCCUCUCGGUCCGCUUGGACAAGGCAGCUUCGGGCUCAUGCAGCUCGGCAAAGUCUGCGCGAAGACCUUCCCGGAGACGGAAAACUUUGGUCCCGAGGCCGGCAGAAUCAUCUAUAGUAUUUCCAUCGUCAUCGCCCUGGUCAUCUGGGGUUACGGCCUCGUAUGGCUGUUCUUCGCCAUUGCCAGUAUUACUCGAAGCAAAUUUCCCUUCAACAUGGGUUGGUGGGGGUUCACUUUCCCCCUCGGCGUAUAUGCCGUAUCCACCACGACUUUAGCCCAGGAAAUCCCCAGUUUAUUCUUCAAAGUCCUCGGUACGAUCUUCUCGAUCGCAGUCGUCUUGCUGUGGUUGAUGGUCGGCUUGGGAACGCUCAAGGGUGCGAUCACGGGCAAAUUAUUCUUCGCUCCCUGCGUCGCUCAGUACGAACAGGAAUUAGUAAGGCAAGCAAAAACAAAACAACGAAAAGAGCGAAGACAAUGGUUCAAGACUCAUCAGCAGAAACAAGAUGAGGAAAAGCAGGAGGUAUAG